AUGGGAGAAUUUCUAGCAAAAACCGGCCCGGAUAAAAAUCCCGAUAGAGAUACCAAAGAAAAAUUUUCUAGACUAAGUUCAAUAGGAGCAAUUUUACGUAAUUCAGAAUCAAGAGAACGAUACAAUUUUUUUCUAAAGAAUGGAGUACCAAAAUGGCGUGGUACUGGCUAUUAUUAUAGUCGGCAUAGACCGGGACUUAGUAAACAAAAAUUAUAUCUUUGGCCAAAUGUAGAAGCGGAUGGCGAUGAUAACACUCAAACUCCUAGUAAAACAGGCGAUAAAAACGAAAUGGAUAGAUUGGAAAAGUUGGUAAAACGUUAUGAAAGGAAUGAUAUGUCCAAAUUGGAGUGGCUUGAUAAUCUAGCAUUUCGUCAAAUAGAAAAAGUUAAUAAGCUGGAGUCUUCAAAAUCAAAAAAGCUGUAUCUGUAUAUAGAUUUGCCAAAAUUUGAUUUUCCUAUUGUUUUCAGUGAACCAGAAUAUUUAUUGCCAGUAAAUCCUACUUCACCUAGUAAUGCCGGAUCAGUUCAAUCCAAUUCACUUGCAUCAAGUGGUUCUAGUAUGAUAUUGAUAAGAGACUCUGAAAUUUUAUGGGAUAAUCCUGUAGAGGCUAAGCAUAGACGUCUGGCCAGAGAUCAUCGUAAUGGACCAUUGGAUCAUGAUUUGAAACCAAAUGCAAAGAUUCUUCAAUCCAAUUCACUUGCAUCAAGUGGUUCUAGUAUGAUAUUGAUAAGAGACUCUGAAAUUUUAUGGGAUAAUCCUGUAGAGGCUAAGCAUAGACGUCUGGCCAGAGAUCAUCGUAAUGGACCAUUGGAUCAUGAUUUGAAACCAAAUGCAAAGAUUCAAAAGGAUUUACUAUGGAGAUUUAGGUUUUACCUUACUCGUGAUAAAAGAGCACUUACAAAAUUUUUAAAAUGUGUCGUCUGGUCAGAUCCUACAGAAUCAAAACAAGCGGUAGAUCUAUUAUCAAAAUGGGCUGGUAUUGAUUUAGAUGAUGCAUUGGAAUUAUUAGGAGAUAAAUUCGAAAAUCGUGCUGUUCGUUCUUAUGCAGUCAAUCAAUUAAAGAAGGCGGAUGAUGAAGAGCUAUUAUUAUAUUUAUUACAAUUAGUUCAAGCUCUAAAAUUUGAAAAUAUCACUGAGAAAUCAAGCUCUUCACAUGAAUCCAGUUUAGCAGAAUUUUUAAUUGAACGUGCAAUUAAAAAUCCACUCCUUGUAAAUAAUUUUCAUUGGUAUCUUAUGGUUGAAUGUGAAUGUGAAGAUAAAGUUUUAUUUAAGAUGUAUGGAAAAGUAUCAUUCCAAUUUCAGACGAAGAUGACAGAGAUUCCAUCAGGAGUUCAACGAAGAGAUAUUUUUUACAGGCAAGGGUUAUUGAUCGAAGCCCUUUCUUCUAUAUCUAGAGAAAUAAGAACAAUGAAAGAUGGUAGACCGAAAAAAAUUGAAAGACUAAGAGAAAUAAUAUCGGAUCCAAAACAAGGAUUAUUAAAUUUUCCUCCUUUACCAUUACCACUUGAUGCACGGAUCAGUGUUACUGGAAUUAUACCAGAAAAGACCACCGUGUUUAAGAGUAAUUUGUUUCCGCUACGUUUAACUUUUUCAUUAUCAGGCGGUGGCGAGUAUCCAGCAAUUUUUAAAACUGGUGAUGAUCUUCGUCAAGAUCAACUUGUUAUACAGAUUAUUACACUAAUGGAUAAACUUUUAAGAAAAGAAAAUUUGGAUCUUAAAUUAACUCCUUAUAAAGUACUUGCAACAGGAACCGACCAUGGUUUAGUACAAUUUAUACCGUCAUCAUCAUUAGCAGAUGUUCUGAAUGAUUAUAAUGGAAGUUUGUUAAUGUUUUUGAAAGCUCAUCAUCCAGAAGAAAAGGCAGUAGGAGCCUAUGGCGUUAAUCCUGUUGUAAUGGAUACUUAUGUAAAGAGUUGUGCUGGAUAUUGUGUUGUAACAUAUUUAUUGGGAGUUGGAGAUCGACAUUUGGAUAAUUUACUACUUUCACCUGAUGGUAAUCUUUUCCAUGUUGAUUUUGGAUUUAUACUGGGGCGUGACCCAAAACCAUUUCCGCCACCGAUGAAACUUUGCAAGGAAAUGGUAGAAGCUAUGGGUGGAGCCAAUUCCAUUCACUAUCUAAGAUUUAGAAGUUAUUGUUAUAGUGCAUUUAACAUUUUACGCAAAAACGCGAAUUUGAUACUCAACUUGUUUGCGUUGAUGGUAAAUGCAAACGUGCCUGAUAUUAAAAUUGAACCUGACAAAGCGGUUUGGAAGGUUCAAGAAAAAUUUAGAUUGGAUUUGACAGAAGAAGAGGCUAUAAAAUAUUUCCAAAAUUUAAUAAAUGAUUCAGUUAGUGCGUUGUUUCCACAAGUAAUUGAAACCAUUCAUAAAUGGUCACAAUAUUGGAGAAAAUAA